GCGCGAGGACAACGUGCAUGACUUGGAGGGACAGUCUCCAACUUCACGAAAUCACGAUCGAUUAAUUUGCGUUUUAGGUAGCUUGCAUAAAAACCUAAACGCCACACUAAACCUAAACGCAGCAGAAAAGGCUACCAACCGAAGGGAAUAAUGUCUUUGGUUUGCGCAAUUUCCAAUGAGGUUCCUGAGCAUCCCUGCGUUUCACCGGUGUCCAACCAAGUGUUCGAGCGCCGGCUGAUUGAGAAAUAUAUUGUUGAAAAUGGAGCAGACCCUAUCAACGGCCAACCUCUGUCCGAAGAGCAGUUGAUCGAUAUCAAGGUUUCGCAUCCCAUCCGCCCCAAGGCUCCAUCAGCAACUAGCAUUCCAGCUAUCCUCAAGUCGCUACAGGAUGAAUGGGACGCUGUGAUGCUGCACAGUUUCACUCUGCGCCAGCAGCUGCAGACCACGCGCCAGGAGCUCUCCCACGCCCUCUACCAGCAUGACGCCGCCUGCAGAGUCAUCGCCCGCCUCACCAAAGAGGUCACCGCGGCCAGAGAGGCUCUUGCCACACUCAAACCUCAAGCUGGAUUGGUUGUUCCACAGGCUGCUCCUGCCUCCCAGCCAGCCGUGGGUGCCGGUGGGGAGCCUAUGGAGGUUACCGAACAGGUCGGCAUGACCGCAGAGAUCAUACAGAAGCUGCAAGACAAGGCCACUGUGCUGACAACAGAGAGAAAGAAGAGAGGAAAGACUGUGCCAGAGGAACUGGUCAGAGCCGAGGAUCUGGGCAAAUACAGACAAGUGGCUUCUCAUGUUGGGCUGCAUAGUGCCAGUAUCCCAGGCAUCCUCUGUCUGGACCUCUGUCCCUCAGACACCAACAAAGUUCUCACUGGUGGCGCUGAUAAGAAUGUGGUGGUGUUUGACCGCCGGGAGGAGCAGAUUGUGGCCACCCUCAAAGGUCACACCAAGAAGGUCUCCUCUGUCAUCUACCAUCCUUCUCAGUCGGUGGUGUUCUCCGCUUCUCCCGACACCACCAUCCGGGUGUGGUCCGUUACCGGGGGCAACUGUGUGCAGGUCGUGCGCGCUCAUGAGGCAAGCGUGACUGGCCUCUCCCUGCACGCCACUGGAGACUACCUACUCAGCUCUUCUGAGGAUCAGUACUGGGCCUUCUCUGAUGUCCAGACUGGUCGCGUUCUGACUAAAGUGACCGACGAAACCGCAGGAUGUGCUCUGACAUGUGCUCAGUUCCACCCUGACGGUCUGAUCUUUGGUACUGGCACUGCUGACUCUCAGAUCAAGAUCUGGGAUCUGAAGGAGCGCACCAACGUGGCCAACUUCCCUGGACACUCUGGCCCAGUCACGGCCAUCGCCUUCUCUGAGAACGGUUAUUACCUGGCCACAGGUGCCCAGGACAGCUCUCUGAAGCUUUGGGAUCUGAGGAAACUUAAGAACUUCAAGACUAUUGCACUGGAUAACAAUUAUGAGGUGAAGUCCCUGGUGUUCGACCAGAGUGGUACCUACCUGGCCGUGGGUGGAUCUGACAUCAGAGUGUACAUCUGCAAGCAGUGGUCUGAGGUCCUGAACUUUGGCGAUCAUACUGGACUGGUGACCGGCGUGGCUUUUGGAGAGCAUGCACAGUUCCUCUCUUCCACUGGAAUGGACAGAAGCCUCAAGUUCUACAGUCUGUAGGAUGGAGAGAUAGAUUUGUGUGUGUGUGUGUGUGUGUGUGUGUGUGUGUGUGUGUGUGUGUGUGUGUGUGUGUGUGCGCGCAAAUGAGGGGAAAAUGAGAAAUUGAGGUGUCCAGUGGUAGCAACAAGUUUUGUAUUUUAGCGUUUGUCAGAAAUGAUGUGAAGCAGCCAGAAUCAAACUUUUCUGUAUAAUUUUUGGUGACCAAUCAUAAGAAUUGUAUUUGCAUAAAUAUUGGUCGGUACCCACUGCAUCUGUGUGCUCUGUAAGCAUUUAAAGUAGGUUUCUUUUUUUUUUUUUUUUUUUGUAAUGAUGUUUGGAAUUGUGGAGGCAGGGGUUUGAAAUUCGCUCCUACAUGUCCAACUCUCAGACCCAUUGUCUAUGAUUCAUUAGCUCUGAAACUAAACUGCUUUUCCAAUAAACAUUUUGUGUCUGUACUUGCCAUUGUAUGAUUAGCAAGGAAAAAAUACUGUCAAGUUCAGAUGUGUCCCAUUCUUUUCCUAUAUUUCCCUUUUCAACUUCUAAACCUCUUUGAGUUCAUAGACCUGUAUAUUUUGUCUUCCACCAUAGUUACUUAUGUAGACUGGUAUAUCAAUAUGAAUUCAAGCUCAAUAAAGACAUUUUUUUUCUGUA